AACACAAAUUUUACGCGAAACCGUAAUUCUCCAUGUUUUGUUAUAAUAUGUUAAGAGCACAAAGAUAGGCUGAUAGGCGGGUAUAUGUCGCUAGUUGAAUAAAAAAUGAAUCGAAAUAGAGGCAUUAUGUCUAUGUACCAAGCGCAUCAUCAGUCAUAGGCAUCAGUUACAGUUAUUACCUCGACUCAAUGGCGAAUAAACGAUGGAAAGACGAUGUCUCGUACGCGAUGACCCCCUUCAAAUUGCUAACGUGGCCCAUCGGCGUUUGGCCACUCCAAGUUUAUAACGUCUAUUCACUAUUACGAUGCAUCUUUGCCACCUGUUGCGUGAGCCUAAUGGUGAUAUUGCCUUCCAUGGAAGUCUACAUGGGCUGCACUGAUGCCGAGCAGAACGUAGACAGCCUUAUGUUAAUCUGUUGCGGAAUACUUGGUGUAAUGAAGACAGUAUGGUUUCGCGUAUAUUCAAGAAAUUUGACUAACAAUUAUAAUUAUGCUCUGGAUGAUUAUCUGAUGAUUGAAAACGCAAAACAGCGUACCAUUAUGCGAAAACAUGCUUCUACGGCAAGAAUUCUCUGUUGUUUCAUGCUGGGCUUCUCUUAUUUUAGUUGUAUAAUAUAUGCAUUAAUUCCUCUUUUGGGUAAUGAUGUAAAUGAUAUAAAUAAUCGGAUAAAUGUAACAAAUGAAGAUGUAUUAGACUAUCCAGUACCAUCAAGAUGUGCCUUGGAGUACUUCAAUGCUCCAACAAGCAUAUAUAGAAUCUUGUGUUUUAUCCAAGCUAUAGCGCUUAUUUUAACAAGCACUACUAAUCACGGUAACGACUCUAUGUUUCUCAACGUUACGCUGCACAUUUGUGGUCAAGUGGAAGUUUUGAAAUCCAAGUUUAUCGAUUUUGAUGUUACAAAACCUAAGGUUUAUGAGCGUUUCACUGGGCUAAUUAAAAGGCACAGUUACUUAAUAAGAAGAGCAAGACAACUUGCCGAUACAAUUAGUUUCGUUUUACUAAUUCAGUUAUUUAUUAUCAGUGUACAAUUAUGUAUAAUGGGUUUUCAGUUUAUUCUAGCAUUAAAAGUCAACGACGUUGUUAUGGCAGGAAAAAGUAUAAUGGUGCAGUGUACUUUUCUGCUACAAUUAACGCUUUAUAGUUUUAUCGGGGACUACUUGAAAUCUCAGAUGGAAGAAAUAGGACUUUCAAUUUAUCAAAACAUUUGGUACAAUCUUCCUACAAAAUUAUUAAAAAAUUUAGUCUUUAUCAUUAUGCAGACAGAAUCUCCAGUUACCUUAAAGGCUGGAGAUUUUAUCGUGGUAAAUCUGUCAUCUUACGUGAGCAUUAUAAAAGCAUCUCUUUCGUAUCUAUCUGUACUUCGUGUAAUGGUAAAAGUGUGAAAUACGACAAAUAAAAAGUAACAGUUUUAUACACUGUAAAUAUACAAUUUAAACGAAUGACGAUUUGAAUAUACAAAAGAAAGAGUGUAUUGAAAUAUGUUUCAAUAAAAUUGCUGGUUGUAAGUAUCUGUGCCAAAUUAAUUUGUUACAUGCAUCAUCAAUAGUAGAUACACGUAUGAAAAAUUAUUAUUAUUAUUAUUAAUGUAUCGGGGUUAAAAAAAAUUUUUUAACAUACAGAAUUCGUGUCACAUGUUUAUAACGCAAUG